AUGAAGUUUCCCCAGGGCUGCGACGGUGACCGUGAGCGCGCCGGGGGCCGCCGCCGGCCGCCCGCCCUCCGCGCCGCCGCCGCCGCCGCCCUGCCGCUGCUGCUGCUGCUGCUGCCGCCGCUGGCCGCCGCCGCCCCGCUGCCCGCCGCCGACUCCUCCGGGGAGGCCGAGCUGGAGGAGGCGGCGGUGCGGCGGGCGGCGCUGCCCGACUCCCUGCGGCUGGCCCAGCUGCUGCACGCCCGGGCGGCCCAGCUGCAGGAGGAGAUGUGCGAGAAGUUCACCGUCUGCGAGAACAGCAUUGAAAUGCUCAUCCAGAACAACCUCAACCUCCCCAAAGUGACAGAGCAAGAUGGGUGUCUGCUCGCCGGCUUCGAUGAGGAUAAAUGCUUGAGGAAAAUCUCCAGCGGGCUUUAUACCUUUGAGACAUACCUUAAAUACGUACAAGAAACUUUUACUAGUGAAAAGCAAAAUGUCAAAUCGCUGUGCUCCGGUACGGAGCACCUGGCACAUACCAUAAGACAGAUGGUGAUAAACCCCAGUGAAGUGAUCAUCCCAGACUCAGCUACCCAGGAAUCCCUCCACGCAAAGCUGAAGUCCAAUAAGACCUGGAUAGAGAAAAUCACCACCCACCUCAUCCUCCGAGAUUUUACUUCAUUUAUGGAGAAAACCGUGAGGGCCGUCCGCUAUUUGAAAAAUACCAGGAGUUUCAGUGUCUGAAUGUUUUAAUUCAGGCACAAUCCUUUGUUACAAAUCUGUCAGGUGGCAGACGACAGUGUU